GAAUUUUUCUUUUCACAGGCGUCAGGCAUCCCUCUUCAUACGUUUUCGGCGCUCGUUCCCGGACUCCUACACUUGAGGGCGACUUUUUUUCCCGUUUUAGGGUACUUUAAUUAAAUCAUGGCUUCUCAGGCGCCUGUUAAAGUGUCACCACUCAUCAAGGCUGGCCGGUGGUCGGCACUGGUGGUCGGCAUCCUGUAUGGCUCCAAGCACUACAACACGCUGUCGGCCCGCGAGGUGGAGCUGCGAGAGAUCGAGGCCAAACAGAAGGUCAUCCGCGACGCCCAGCUGGCCAAGGAGCGCAAGGCGCUGGACCGCGAGCAAAUGCUGUACCUGGCGAAGGAGACCGGCACGCCCAUUCCGGCCGACUUCGACAAAAUGUAUCCUGUAUCGAGCUGAAGCCGCCCCAUCGCCCGCAAUAUACUGUCCCCGUGUGCGUGAUUGUAGCUGUUGUACAUCGCCGGCCAAUAUAAUAUGAAACGUGUA